AUGACGGGCAAGGGACUCUAUGCCGAUGAGGAUGGUAAAGUCGUUGUUCGCGACUUUCCAAUCCCGCAGCCGCCCGACGGAGAAAUUCUCAUCCAAGUUCUAUACUCAGGUGUUAAUCCAUCUGAUAUGAGAAUAAUACAAUUCUUCAACUGCCGACGACGUGUACUUGGCAAUGAAUUCUGUGGACGAGUUCUUGAAAGCCCAAGUUUGGCGGAGACAUCUUUCAAGGUUGGGGACAUUGUUGCCGGUUAUGUGGACGGCAAGAUGAACCGACCACUUCGGUACGGUACACAUCAACCAUAUAUCUCUGUUCCACCAGCUUGGAUCUACAGAGUACCUGAGAACCUACCGCAAGUGGAUGCCGCUGCAAUUACCAUCGCAGUGCAAACUGCCAACGACGCGCUCUUCAACCGGCUGCACAUCCCUUUGCCAGAUGCCACAACUGCUCCUCCUGAGGGGACCUUGGUGAUCUGGGGCGGUGCCACCUCGGUUGGGAUGGCUGCAAUCCAGCUGGCACGAGCUAGCCGUGUUCGUUCGAUCGUUGUUACAGCAUCGAAAAAACGACACGAUUAUCUCAAGACUAUAGGAGCGACUCAUUGCUUCGACUACGGAGACGACAACGUCGUAGAGAAAGUCAAGGCAGUCGUACAGGCCGGUAGCGGAACAAUUUGGGGCUUCGACGCGGUCGGGACCGCAGAUUCUCAGUCUCUUCUCGCCAGUGCGUUGCCCACCCACAACGACAUUCUUCUGACAUCAGUGCUCCUGCAAACCGACGAGCGCUUUCAAGUGACCUUGGGUGCUCGUCAUCUCGACGUGGCUUUCGACCUCCCUGGCGGCCAGUCGCUAUUUUUCGCUGCUCAACCGGCUGAGGCGGAUAGGAUGUGGAAAGCUCUCGCCUGGGUGGUUGACCACUACGGGGCCGAGUUUAAGGCGCUGCCUGUUCGGCAAUUUCAGGGCACAGCGGAGGAUGCGCUAGAAGAGAUCAUUCAAGUGGGAGCCAUGAAGACAUUCGGAAAGCUAGUGUUGAAACAUCCACUAGAGUGA